AUGGCCUUUUGGUGGAAGAAAACUCCCAAGACUCCGUCUGAUUAUGCUCGACUUCUGUCGGAACAUUUGAACAAGUUUGAAAACGCUUCGACUGUUGACAGCAGACGAAAGACACAGGAUGAAUGCAGCAAGUAUUUGGCUGGUACCAAACAUUUUCUGCUAGGAGAAGUGGAACCGGAACCAUCGUUGGAGGCUUUUGACGAACUCUACAACGCGAUCUACCAGUUGGACUUACUUUACGAUUUGCUGGCGAAUUUGGCAGAACUGGAGUUUGAAGCUCGAAAAGACGUGGCAUUGCUGUUUGCCACUUGUUUGCGGCAUUCCCGUGAUAACAAGCUUGUCACCGUGGACUAUCUGGUAACAAGACCCAAGACCAUCUCUUUGAUGCUGCGAGCACCGCAAAUGGCACUUUCCAAGCCAAAUUCCAGCGAUUUGUUCUUGAAAACCGGGUCAAUAAUUCUGGAAAGCUUGAAAUACGAGCAAUUGUGUCGUAUAAUGCUUCGAGAUCCACAAAUCUGGCUGUUUUUCGACUUUGCCAAAAGUGGGUCAUUUGAAGUCAGUACUGAAAGUCUUCAAAUCCUCACAAACUUACUCACAAUCCAUCAAAAACCUGUGGCGACAGAAUUCUUUAGUCAGCCAGCCAACCUUCAUAAAUUCAUUGAGAAAAUCAAUAACGUCAUGGCGCAUGGUAGCUACGUUACCAAACGCCAAAGUGUAAAGCUUUUGCAACAUUUGAUAAUGAUCAGAGCUUACAACAAUCUACUCACAGCUUACAUCAAUUCUCCCGAUAACUUGAAAUUGAUCAUGAUUUUGUUAAGCGAUCGAUCCAAGAAUUUACAACUUGCCUCGUUCAAUAUUUUCAAAGUCUUUGUUGCAAAUCCACGGAAGUCUAAACCAGUAUUGGAUAUUAUGGUUAAGAACAGGGACAAACUUCUGCAUUAUCUACAGUCCUUCAACACCGACAGUAAGGAUGUAACGUUCUUAGACGAGAAAGAAUAUGUCGUCCAAGAAAUUGAAUCACUACCAAGGCUGGUUUCCCCCAAUAGUGAUUUUUCUUUGGGAACGUCUCCUCAGCAUUAA